GGCGCGCGAUGGCGCUGGCGGGAACUCCUUGCCGGGCCCUCUCCGAAUAGGAAGCCGCUCUCGCGAGAGCCGAGAUCUCACUAGUACCGCCGGACGUGUGUGGGAGCUCUCUUUCCGGGCGGCCAUCGCCGAGGCAGCAGCGGUCAAGAUGAAGUUCAAUCCAUUUGUGACCUCUGACCGCAGCAAGAAUCGCAAACGGCACUUCAAUGCACCAUCACAUAUUCGCAGAAAGAUCAUGUCCUCUCCUCUGUCCAAGGAACUGAGGCAGAAAUACAAUGUCCGUUCCAUGCCCAUUCGAAAGGAUGAUGAAGUCCAGGUCGUCCGGGGCCAUUACAAAGGGCAGCAAAUUGGCAAAGUAGUCCAGGUGUACAGGAAGAAAUAUGUUAUCUACAUUGAACGCGUACAACGUGAGAAAGCCAAUGGCACAACUGUACAUGUUGGCAUCCACCCUAGCAAGGUGGUAAUCACAAGACUAAAGCUGGACAAGGAUCGCAAAAAGAUAUUGGAACGGAAAGCAAAGUCUCGCCAAGUUGGCAAAGAGAAAGGAAAAUACAAGGAAGAAACAAUUGAGAAGAUGCAAGAAUAAAAUGGACUCAUUUGAGAAACCCAUUAAAAUUCUAGUGAAACAUAAA